ACUCCAACCUCCGAAUCAGGCCCACGUCCGCCAAAACAGCCCCGAUAGACAUCUACCUAAAACAGGAACUUGCAGAGUUGAAGCUGUAAUUUUCUCGUUUUUUCAGUAAUCUGCUGCAAAAAAUGGGAAGCAGAGCUUUCAUGGUUUUGCUAAGUCAUAGAGGAGCAUACAUUAAUCCUUCUGCUAAUGCUGCCCAACUUUUCUUGACUUUCGGGCAAAGCCCAUUUUCUCCUGUGAAGAUAAAAUGUCUUGUAGAACGCAGGAAUCAUAGGACAAGCCACAACUUCUCCACCGCAGCAAACUCUAGCCUUGAGCCCCCUAAUCUUCCUCGUUUGGCUGAAACUGCUCGAAUUUCCCUCACCCCAGAUGAAGUGGAAGAAUUUGCUCCUAAAAUGAAACAAGUGGUAGAUUGGUUUGGGCAACUCCAAGCUAUUGAUCUUGAAAGUAUUGAGCCAGCAAUGCGAGCAGAUACUGAAGAUGACAAUUCACGUGAUGAUUUACCUCAAAUUUUUGAGAAUCGGGAAGCAAUAAUAAAAGCUAUGCCAAGCUAUGAGGAACCUUAUAUCAAAGUUCCAAAGGUCUUGAACAAGGAGUAGAACUCUACUGGGUUGUGGAAUGCACCAAUUAACAAAUUAUGGGUUUGUGUUGGACAGAAUACAUGAUGAAGCUGGACUGAGCUUCUAGUUUCUGACAAGAUAGUGAAACCCGUUCGGCCUCCCCAAGUACGCAAAUCUAAAUUUUAAGGAGCUGUAGAAUCCAUUUUCUGAUUCAUAGUUCUCCCAAUAAAAUAGGGGAUUGUGCUUUGUUACAGUUUUUGUAUGUUCAGAAUAUUAUAGUACGUUUGAGUUGAAAUUAUAUUUGACUGUAAAAACAUGAGAAAAUUAUUAUGAUUGA